AUGUCGAGCGGAUCUAGCAGUCGAACCACGACUCCUCAGCCUCGUAUGUGUUUCCAUAAUUUGGAAGCGGAAAUGCUAACCUCGAACACAGAUGAAAAUCCAGCUCGGAGUGUCCCUUUUUCCAUUGUUCUGAGGAAUUCAAUGGCCAUUGAGGUGUUACCAACCUUGCAAAGCCCGUCGACCACAAUACCACAAGUUACAACGUUUAGCUCACAAAGCCCUUCUCCAACCAUCUUCCUUAUCAACUCUUGUGCUUCGUUAAUCAUCUUCUCUCGAAACAGGCCUUUCAGUAUAUCCAUCCGCAGAACAGCCAAGCUUGAAGAACCAACCCAGAACAGAGAACCCGUAAUCAACCCGGCCCGAAAGGCAAAGGCUGUUGAUAGCAAUAUUCAUAGUCAACAGCUCCUUUUGUACAGAAACAACGAGAAUGUAGCGAGUAUUGAGAGCAGCAGAGGGAUUUACCUGAUUCAUGGCGAAUUGGGGAAGAAGAUAGAAAUCGCCAUAAGAAAAAGGCAUAACUCAGCCUCAUCAUUUACUCUGUGCAGAGUUCUCUGUUCUAUGCACAGAUUUGCUCAACGGUUCAAACCUUAUGAUAAUAAAUAA